AUGGUGCUGGUGGAACUCGGAGGGGAUCGUAAUAUGAAACAUUUGGAGGGAACAUAUGAGAAGAAGGCGGGGGAUCCCAAGCCCGAAAACGGACCCAAAGCUCGAAAAAGGACCCUAAGCUCGAAAAAGGACCCCAAGCUUGAAAAUGGACUCCAUAAGGACCCCAAGCCCGAAAAAGGAACCCAAGACCAAAAAAGGAACCCAAGACCAAAAAAGGAACCCGGGCUCGAAAACUGA